AUGUUCACCUUUAGCCCGCUGCAGGGCGCCCUCUCAGAGGCUACGGCAUCACAGUCCCUGCUGGAGCUCGAUGGCGGCGUCAAGGUGUUGGUAGAUGUCGGCUGGGAUGAGACCUUUGACGUCGAGAAGCUGCAUGAGCUAGAAAAGCAGAUUCCCACGCUCUCGCUGAUCCUGCUCACCCACGCAACCGUCGACCACCUCGGCGCAUACGCCCACUGCUGCAAGAACUUCCCCCUCUUCACCCGCAUCCCCGUCUACGCGACCCGGCCCGUCAUCGACUUAGGCCGCACCCUAACCCAAGACCUCUACGCCUCAACCCCCCUCGCAGCGACCACAAUACCACCGACUUCGCUAGCCGAAGUAUCCUACUCCUACGCCCGCACAGCCUCCGCCGCGGAGCACAACCUCCUCCUACAACCGCCGACCUCCGAAGAGAUCGCGCGCUACUUUUCCCUCAUCCAGCCCCUUAAGUACUCCCAGCCCCACCAACCGCUCCCCUCACCCUUCUCACCACCCCUCAACGGCCUGAGCAUCACCGCCUACAACUCCGGACACACCCUCGGCGGCACCAUCUGGCACAUCCAGCACGGCCUGGAAUCCAUCGUCUACGCCGUCGACUGGAACCAAGCGCGCGAAAAUGUCUUCUCCGGCGCCGCUUGGCUGGGAGGCGGCCACGGCGGUGCUGGUGGUGGCGGUAGCGGCGCCGAGGUAAUCGAGCAGCUGCGCAAACCAACCGCCCUAGUCUGCAGCAGCCGGACCCCCGAAGCCGCGCUCCCCCGCGCCCGCCGCGACGAGCAGCUGCUCGAGUCCAUCAAGCUGUGUAUCGCCCGCGGCGGGACGGUGCUGAUCCCUGUGGACUCGAGCGCGCGGGUGCUGGAGCUGUCGUAUCUCUUGGAACAUGCCUGGCGCGCCGAGGCUGGGAAGGAGGAUAGCCAGGUGUUUAAGUCGGCUAAGGUAUACCUCGCCGGCCGCAGUAUUGGGAGCACGAUGCGCAAUGCGAGGAGUAUGCUGGAGUGGAUGGACGAUAGCAUCGUGCGGGAGUUUGAGGCCGUCGCUGGGGGCACUCGCGCUGGACACGGUGCUGGUGGUGGGGGUGGAAGUAAAGGCGGCGGCGGGGGAGGGGUUGGACCGUUUGAUUUCAAGUAUGUCCGGCUGUUGGAGCGGAAAGCGCAGGUGGAGCGGGUUUUGCAGCAAGUGGCCGAGGGGGCUGGGGGCGCCGAGCCCAGCGGCGGGCGGGUGAUCAUUGCGACGGAUUCGAGUGCGGAGUGGGGGUUUUCGAAGGACGUGAUGCGGGCGAUCGCGGGGGAUCCUAGGAAUCUGGUUGUUCUCACGGAGAAGCCGAACUUGAACGCGACGAAGCCGUCGAUCGCCCGGACGCUGUGGGAGUGGUGGAAGGAGAGGAAGGACGGGGUCGCGGUUGAGCAGACCAGCAGUGGCGAUACGUUUGAGCAGGUCUACGGAGGCGGGCGGGAACUGGAGGUCGCGGAUGCCAGCCGCCAGGCACUGGAGGGGAGUGAGCUUGAUAUCUACCAGCAGUGGCUCGCGACACAACGACAGCUGCAAGCAACACUCCAGAGCGGCGGUGGUACAGCCCUGGAGUCAGCCGCCGACGUCGUGGACGACGCGUCAGAAACAACAACAGAAUCCGAAGAGUCCGAGACAGAACAGCAGGGCAAGGCCCUGAAUGUAUCAGCAACCAUCGGCCAAGCUAGCCGCAAGAAGGUGGUACUCAAAGACGAAGACUUGGGCAUCACCAUCCUGUUCAAGAAGAAGGGCGUCUACGACUUCGACGUCCGCGGCAAAAAGGGCCGCGAGCGCAUGUUCCCCACCGUCGUGCGGCGGAAGCGCAACGACGAGUUCGGCGAGCUGAUCCGCCCUGAAGAGUACCUCCGCGCCGAGGAGCGCGAGGACGCCGAUGGGCCGGAUGAGCAGGGGCAAGAGAACAACCGACAGGAGCAGGGCCUGGGCAAGAAGCGCAAGUUUGACGACGUCGGCGCGGCCAGCAAGCGCCAGACGAAAUCGCGGGCUGUGUCUGAUGAGCCGGACGGUCAUCGUAGCGGUAAACAUCACAAUAAGGCGGCACACUCGGACGGUCAGGCGGGCAGCGAGCGGGACGAGCUGGACGAGUUGGACGAUGUGGAAGAUGAAGACAGCGGUGUUGUCGGCCCGGCCAAGCUGGUUACUCGGUCGGGGACGGUCUCGGUGCAGCUGCGCAUCGCCUUUGUCGACUUUUCUGGUCUGCACGACAAGCGCAGUCUGCACAUGCUGAUCCCGCUCAUCCAGCCGCGGAAGCUGAUCUUGGUUGCGGGCGCUGAGGACGAGACGCUGGCGCUUGCGGCUGACUGUAAGAAACUGCUUGGCUCGCAGCUUGUUACGGAGGGAUCGUCGGCAGGAGCAACAUCCCAGGGCGUGAUCGACGUGUUCACACCAGCAGUCGGGGCUACCGUCAACGCAUCAGUCGACACCAACGCCUGGGUCGUCAAGCUCGCCGAGCCAUUCGUCAAGCGUCUCAAGUGGCAGACGGUGCGGGGUUUGGGCAUUGUGACGGUUACCGGGUUGUUACUACCAGGCGGGGACAUCGCGAUCCAAGAUUCCGACGCGAUAAAGAGUGACGGUCAGACCACCGCCGCCGACAACGACGACGACGCGGACGAGACAGCGUCGCAUAAACGCCAGAAACUCGAAGGCGGCACCCCGUCGUCGUCUACCCCGGCCGCUACAGACGACAACGCACUAGUCACCACCAAAGGAGACACAACCAACGCCAAACCCUCCCUACCAACCCUCGACGUCCUCCCAACAACAUCCUCCCUCUCCACAUCCACAACCGCCCGCUCGGCCGCCCAACCCCUUCACGUCGGCGACUUGCGUCUGGCCGAUCUACGACGGGCGAUGUUAUCCGCCGGACACCGGGCCGAGUUUCGUGGGGAGGGCACGCUGUUGAUUGAUGGGAGUGUGGCGGUGCGGAAGACGGGGAUGGGUAGGGUUGAGGUGGAGAGUGUUGGGUGGCCUUUUGCUUCGUCUGGCUCAGGAGCUGGGGCUGGGGCUGGGGGAUUGGGGACGUUUUAUGAGGUAAGGAGGAAGAUUUAUGAGGGGUUGGCUGUUGUUGCCGGGGCGUGA